AUGGCCUGGUGAAAAGCCUGGAUUGAACAGGAGGGUAUCUCAGUGACAGGCAGCCCACAUUUCAACCCAGACCCCAACAUGGAUACCCUCUACAAAGCCAUGAAGAGAAUUGGGGCAGGACAUAGAGUGCUUGGCCACCAGGCUGUUGCCUUCCCUUCUCCCCAGCUUUUAUCAGGCCUCCUUGAAGAAGUGAAGAUGCUCACACUGUGCACCCCUGCAGGGACCAACUAGCAGGCCAUCAACGUGCUCACGAGGAGAAGCAAUGUAUAUCGGCCUCAAAUUGCUGAGUCCUUCAAAGCUCAGCUAGGCAAGGAUUUCACUGAGACCUUGAAGUCAGACCUAAGUGGUAAGUUUGAGAAUGUCACCAUGGCCCUCAUGUACCCACCACACAGAUACAAGGCCAAAGAGUUGCAUGAUGCCACAAAGGGUUUAGGAACCAAAGAAGGUAUCUUCAUUGAAAUCCUGGCUUCUCAGACCAAGAACCAGCUGCAGGAGAUAAUGAACGCAUAUGAGAAAGACUACGGAUCCAGACUAGAGGAAGAUAUCCAAGCAGAUACCAUCUGCUACCUGGAGAGGAUCCCAGUGUGCCUCCUUCAGGGCAGCAGAGAUGAUAUGAGUAGCUUUGGACCUGGACUGGCCCUACAAGAUGCACAGAAUCUGUAUGCAGUGGGCGAGAAGAUCAACAGUACUGAUGAGAUGAAAUUCAUCACCAUCUUGUGCAUGUGCAGUGCCACACACUUGAUGAGAGUGUUUGAGGAAUAUGAGAAAAUAACCAACAAAAGCAUUGAGGACAGCAUCAAGAGUGAGACCCACAGCUCACUGGAGGAGGCUAUGCUCACAUGUUCAGCCACAGGCGCCACCACCCUGGGUUCUCACCUGAAGACCGAAGACCGUGGCCCCGGAGGGCUGAGGCAGCCAGCGGCGGCAGCAGCGGGGGAUGAGAGUGGCUCCGGGACCCAGCUUCAUGAGGCCCAGCCUGGGAGACUAGAAAUGUGCGGCAGCAGCAACUACAGAGGCGGCUCCCUUUUGUUUUGCCCCAUCCAUCCUGACACUAAGUUGCGAUCCGGGAUUUCAACCUGA